AUGGUAUUUUCAGGUAAGCAUGCGUGGGGAGAGACGAAAGGCUUGACCCUACAAGUCCUAACAGGAAGGUGGUUUAUGGUGUUUUCAUCAUUUAUGAUCAUGUCUGUAUCUGGAGCAAGCUACAUGUUUGGGCUAUACUCAAGAGAAAUAAAAUCAGUUUUGGGAUAUGACCAAUCUACUCUAACUCUUUUAAGCUUCUUCAAGGACUUAGGUUCUAACAUAGGCAUUCUUUCAGGCCUUGUGAAUGAGGUUACACCCCCUUGGGUUAUCUUAUCCAUUGGUGGUGUUCUAAACUUUUUCGGGUAUUUCAUGAUAUGGCUUGCAGUCACAAGAAAAAUCUCCAAGCCUGCAAUAUGGACUAUGUGCUUAUACAUAUUCAUUGGAGCCAACUCUCAUUGUUCAACCAACACUGGUGCUUUAGUCACAAGUGUAAAGAAUUUCCCUGGUAGCAGAGGCGUUGUGAUAGGCCUUUUGAGCGGCUAUCUUGGUUUGAGUGGAGCUAUCAUCACUCAGCUAUACUAUGCCUUCUAUGGAGACGACUCUAAGUCUUUGAUUUUGCUUAUGGCUUGGCUACCAACUGCUGUGACUUUUGCUUUUAUGCCGGUUAUUAAACACCACAAGAGAGGUGAACAACCGAAUGAUUCCAAAGCUUUCUAUAAUUUCCUUUACAUGAGUUUAAUCCUUGCAGGAUUCCUCAUGGUAAUGAUCAUAGUACAAAAGUGUUUCAUCUUUACUAAGAGUGAGUACUAUGUGACUACCACUGUCAUGGUUCUCUUGCUUAUCCUGCCUCUUGUUGUUGUUAUUAUGGAAGAAGAAAGGAUCUGGAGGAACAAAAAAGAGAACAUGAGUCCUCCUAAGCCUUUGAAUAUCAUCACACAGACUCACCAAGCUAGUGGAGAAGAGAGUAACAUACGUAGAGGCGAAGAUCAUACAAUAGUUGAAGCCAUUUUUAGCCUUGACAUGAUGACACUCUUUGUAGCCACAAUUUGUGGACUUGGUGGAACCCUUACUGUGGUAAAUAACUUGAGUCAGAUUGGGUUAUCUCUAGGAUAUCCUGCACAUAGUAUAACCACAUUUGUUUCACUAAUGGCAAUUUGGAUCUAUCUAGCUUCCAUUAUUAUUGGUUUCUGCUUUGGAGCAAACUGGCCAGUACUAUUUUCAAUCAUAUCAGAACUAUUUGGUCUUAGAUAUUACUCAACAUUGUACAAUGUUGGGUCAGUAGCAAGUCCAAUUGGGUCAUACUUGUUAAGUGUGAGGGUUGCUGGUUAUCUCUAUGACAAGGAAGCCACAAAGCAAAUGGCAGCAUUAGGAUUAAAGAGGAAGCAAGGGGAGGAGUUGAAUUGCAAUGGAAGUGAGUGCUACAAAUUGGCUUUCAUUAUAAUCACUGCUGCUAGCCUCUUUGGAGCACUUGUCUCUCUAACUUUAGUUUUAAGGACUAGAGAGUUUUACCAAGGUGACAUAUACAAGAAGUUCAGAGAGGAAGCUAGAAGUAAUGAAAAUGAAUUGGUUGUGACUCAGAACAAGGUUGGACCUGCCUCAAAUGUUGGAUAA